AUGUACGCGGAAACGGAGCCCGGCGGCGCCGCGGAGCGCACGGCGUUCCGGCGGGCCGAGAAGCAGUACAAGCUCUACAAGCCACCCAGUCGCAAGGGCAGGUCGAAAUCCAGGGGCAAGCAAGCCGGUGGUGGUGGGUUUGGCGGCGGCGGGGACCUGUCCGCGGUGGUCGACUUCCACGCGCUGCUUGCUGCCGGAGAAGGCGAGCUGCCCGCCGGGAUCCGGAGGUGCGACCGCGCCGGCUUCCACCUGCCCGUGUUCUGCUUCCUCGACCGGCCGGGAUUCUAUUUCAUCCCUGGUGCUCUAUCAACUGAGGAACAAUGCUAUUGGAUCAGGGAAAGCUUGAAAACAUUCCCACAGCCUCCUAAUAGAACUAACUUGACUGCUACAUACGGUCCAAUUUCUGACUUGUUCAUCGCUGCUAAAAACCAAAAGAUUUUGGUUGAAGUGCAAAGUUCCAAUGGCCAAGAAAGAGUUGAGCAGAAUAAUGUUGGGGAAAAUGCACAUCCGGGUAAAUUCAAAUUUGUGGAUGGCUCAGAGAUCCAAAAGGAGGAAAGACCUAAGUCGACCAUGGCAGCUGCUCUUGUGCGCAAGCUCCGGUGGAGCACCCUUGGCUUGCAAUUUGAUUGGUCAAAACGUAACUAUGAUGUAUCGCUUCCACACAACAAGAUUCCAGAUGACCUUGCUACUCUAGCAAAAAAGAUGGCUGUUCCAGCAAUGCCUUCUGGAGAAGAAUUCACUGCAGAAGCGGCCAUCGUUAACUAUUAUGGUCCAAGCGACAUGCUUGGUGGCCAUGUUGAUGACAUGGAAGCAGAUUGGACAAAACCUAUUGUGAGCAUAAGUUUGGGUUGCAAGUGUAUUUUUCUGCUUGGAGGGAAGACAAGGGAUGAAGCUCCAACGCCAAUGUUCCUGCGAAGUGGUGAUAUUGUACUGAUGGCUGGGGAAGCACGAGAGCGCUUCCAUGGUGUCCCACGGAUCUUCACAGAGGGUGACCAGCAAGAUAUCUCUGGGCUGGUAUCAGAACUAUCUGAUGAUGAUGACCACUUUAUAUUGGACUACAUUCAUAAUUCAAGGAUAAAUAUCAACAUAAGACAAGUAUACUGA